GAGCGGUACAAGAGCUGCUCUACCGCGAAACGAGAUUUGGAAAGAAUCAAUCUCAUACUCGAACCGAACCCAUCCUAUGAUAUACGAUACGAUCGAUCGCGAGUGCACGUAAUUGGAGCAAGCGGAUUGCCCGUUAAUUGCUGGCGACGGUAAUUGCAGAUCGCCGCAUUCCGACUGCCCAUAGAGGUGUUCCCCGUCCUGUUAAUGUGUCAAUUGAUUGAUUGCCUCGCGACCCGUGAUUGACGCGCGUUCCACUCACCGUAAUGCUCUCGAAGACGAAGAAGAAGUGCUGGUGGAAGAUCCGCCUGCCGCAGGUGGUGGUCAAGCAGGAUCAGUCGAAGAACUACCGGGACAUCAUCAACCUGAGCGAGUGCUCCUCGGUUCUGGCCAACACGGCUACCACGAUUAGCGAUGGCUCCACCACCGAGAGCAGUGGCAGUCCCACUGCCCGCCACCGAAGCUGCGACAGCUUGUCCAAGAGUUCCCAGGCGGAGGCGGGCAAGCUCUUUCCCCGGAACAUGCCCAGUAUCCGGAGGAGUCGUCGGCGGGCUGUUUCCGCGGAGCGUGCUGGCCUGGCCAGCAGGGAGCGGAACCUGGAGGACCAGGUUCAGCCGCCAAAAAUGCCACAGAUAAACCCCGAACAGCAGUCCCGGCUAUCGACAGUGACCAAACUGACGCCCAGGAAGCCAGGUGGCAAGUCCACCUGCUCCAAGAAUCGGGCGGUUCAGACCCCCGCGAAGUGCAUCAUCAAGUCAGCCGUGCGAGCCAAAACCAAGCCAAAGCCCAAGAUCACACUGGCACCCUAUGAGAUAGCCCUGGAAUUGCCCAAUGAAUCACCAGCUCCCACUUUGGCCAUGGCGGUGGCCCAAUCCUCCGGCAGCGAGCAGAGGAAGUUGGUCGGAAGCGAGGAGCAAUUCCACUCCUCGGGCAUCUCCUGCAACGGGGAGACCGACGACGAUGUGGAGGUGGCCAUGCUCACGGGCAGUCUCACACCCGCCCAGCUGGCCAGGAUUCAGUUUCAGGGGCAGCAGAAGGAUCCUGCGCCAUCCAUGGCCCUGCCCUUUGGCGAUCUGAGGAACCUCAAUCUCUGCCGCAACCGAAACGCCGUCUGGCUGAAUCCCAAGGACACGGAGCGGCUCAUCGAGGUGGACAGGAGCAGGAGCAGGAGCAGGAACUGCUACUUCAACCAGGCCAUUGCCGAUGAUAUCCAGCUCAGCGAUAUUGAAGAACAAUUGGCCAGGUUUGAUGGCCAAUCAAAGAGGCCGCCGCCGCCAGCAGGGACAGCAGCCAAAAUCACCCAGUACAGCGAAGUCAGCCGAAAAUUCAAGCCCACUCCCGCACCCCGCUCCACCGGCAACAUGCAACAGGCCCCGCAGCAACAUCCGCAGCAGCAACUGCAGCAGCAGCAACACCAUCCGCCCAGCAGCAGCUACUACACGCAGACGGAGAGCGAGUUGCUGCAGAUUGAGGCGGGCGGCACGGGCCUGACCUUUGCCACCCACUCGCAGCGCCCUGAGUCGGCGGUCAGCGCCCUGCAGCCCACGUCGCUGGGCAGUCAGGUGGCAUCCACGUCCAAUUUGGACGUGCCCUCGGCCGCCUCCACAGGCAGUGGAGGCAGCGGGGGCAGUGGGGGCAGCGGCGGACCCCCAGGGUCAGCGGGUCACUUUGUGUCCCCUCUGCAGCGCCGCCACUGCCAGCCGCCCAGCCACCUGCCCCUCAACUCGGUGGCCUCGCCCCUCCGCACCGCCAGCUACAAGUCGGCGGCGGCGGUCGCGGGUCAUGGGUUCCAUCACAGCCACCACCAGCAGCUGGACUUCCAGCGGAACUCGCAGUCCGACGACGACAGCGGCUGUGCCCUCGAGGAGUACACGUGGGUGCCGCCGGGUCUGCGGCCCGAUCAGGUCCGCUUGUACUUCAGUCAACUGCCAGACGACAAAGUGCCCUACGUCAACAGUCCCGGCGAAAAGUAUCGUGUCAAGCAAUUGCUGCACCAGCUGCCGCCGCAAGAUAACGAAGUGCGCUACUGCCACUCGCUGAGCGACGAGGAGCGCAAGGAGCUGCGCAUCUUCUCGGCCCAAAGGAAGCGGGAGGCCCUCGGCCGCGGAGCAGUCCGCCUGCUGUCCGACGAGCGGCCCUGCAAGGGGUGCGAGGAGCCUUUGUCGGGCGGUGACAUCGUGGUUUUCGCCCAGCGGCUGGGCGCCCAGUUGUGCUGGCAUCCGGGCUGCUUUGUGUGCAGCGUCUGCAAGGAGCUGCUGGUGGACCUCAUCUACUUCCAGCGGGACGGGAACCUCUACUGCGGUCGCCACCACGCCGAGACCCAGAAGCCUCGCUGCUCCGCCUGUGAUGAGAUCAUCUUCUCGGACGAGUGCACGGAGGCGGAGGGUCGGACGUGGCACAUGAAGCACUUCGCCUGCCAGGAGUGCGAGCACCAGCUGGGCGGCCAGCGGUACAUCAUGCGCGAGGGCAAACCGUACUGUCUGGCCUGCUUCGACACGAUGUUCGCCGAGUACUGCGACUACUGCGGGGAGGUGAUUGGGGUGGACCAGGGCCAGAUGAGCCACGACGGGCAGCACUGGCAUGCGACGGACCAGUGCUUCAGCUGCUGCACCUGCCGCUGCUCCCUGCUGGGCAGACCCUUCCUGCCCAGAAGGGGCACCAUCUACUGCUCGAUCGCCUGCAGCAAGGGCGAACCACCCACGCCCUCUGACACGAGUUCGGGUCCCCAACUAAGACCCACACACCGGGCCUCCACCUCUAGCCAAAUAGCUAGAUCACCGCGAAGGGUUGGUGAGCGGGAGAGGGAGCGGGAUCCAGGACGAAAGGGCCACCAUGGUCAUCCGAAGGCCACGGGCAGCGCCGGCGAUCUCCUCGAGCGGCAGGAGAGGCAGCGCAUGGAGGCUGCCGGCGUGGCGGAUCUACUGCUCGGAGGAGGAGUUCCGGGCAUGCCACGCCCUGCCCAUCCGCCGCCCAUCGACCUCACCGAACUGGGCAUCAGCCUGGACAACAUUUGCGCCGGCGACAAGUCCAUCUUCGGGGACGCCCAGACCCUGACCAACUCCAUGCCGGACAUGCUGCUCUCGAAGGCGGACGACUCGCACAGCUACCAGAGCAUCGACAAGAUCAACCUGAACUCCCCCAGUAACUCCGAUCUGACGCAGAGCACCCAGGAACUGGCCCACGAACUGGAGCUGGACAACGAGCCGGUGAGAGAGCUGCCCCAUGAUGGUUACGAGCAACUCUUCACCACCAAUCGCAAUCAGGAGCACCCGGCUGAUCAGGAUUUAGAUGACGAGCAGCUGGACAACCGGCCGCUGAAGGAAGUGCGCUUCCACAGUGUCCAGGACACCAUGUCGCGCUCCAAGAGCUACACGGACAACUCGAAUGCCCGGCGGCGGAGGAGGCGUCGCAACCAGUCGCGCAGCUCCUCGGAGAUGCAGAUCAACCAGACCAAUCUCCGCCUGCACAAUGCCCAGACGCAGGUGGGUGGGGGAACGGGAACGGGGCCACUCAACCUGCUGAACAACCUGGACAACUGCGACGUGGCCAGCAUCUGCUCCACCUGCUCCUCCAGUUCCUCGAGCGACAUGGAUGACUAUGUGUACCGCCUGCCGGCGCGAAAGCACUACGGUGGAGUGAGGGUGGCCUAUGUGCCCAACGAUGCGCUGGCCUACGAGCGCAAGAAGAAGCUGGCCCAGGACUCCUCCCUCGCUCCUGGCGGAGGCAGUGCAUCCGUUACCCCGGCGAUCAUGCACGAGAGCAAGAACUGCACGAUUUCCUGACCACCCCCCAUGCUGCCGCCACCGCCCUUCAACCUGAGCAGCUACUACAUCCUGGACACGAUCCUGGAGGAGCAGAGUCUGAUGCUGCCGGAGAAGAAGCCUGGCUGCCUGCGGAGGGUGUGGAACUUCUUUGGGCUGGGGAAGGCCCGCCACUCCAGUUCCCAGCACACCAGCAACGGAAGACUAUAUAGCGUCUAGGUUGGGGAUGAGAUCUGGAAAAAGUUUUUAACACGGUUGUCAAGAUGAGUUCUAUCCUUACAUCAAUUUUUCGUUAAUACUUUAAAGGAUUCUUCAAGAAAUGGCAACCGUGGCUGUAAAUAACAUAUCGACAUGUAUAAUACACCGAAUAAGAAGGCACAUAUGAGAUCAGAGAUGAGAGAAAUCGUUGUACAAAGCUAUAAAACUAUAUCAUAUUUGCAUAUUCAUAUACACAUGCCCCAUCGCGGGCAUUACCAUAAAACAUAAGCUAUUCUAGUGUUAGAUGUAGGCAGAACAAAAACAAACGAAAAGUAGAGACCACAAACAACGCAAUCAACGAACAAUAAACUUCAACGAAAUCCAAUCGAAGGCCAACAAAAGAAUCUCCAAAAGAGUGAAAGUAUUAUCUGUUUCAGAUAUUAGCCAAAUGUGCAAUAAUUUAAAAUGGCAAAAAGCAGAACGCAAAAUUUAAUGGCAUAUCCACAAACACAACGAAACUUCGAGAUAGAAAACCAUUAGCAUUUACAACAUUUGAAUUUUCUUUUCCUCGGAUAUUUUGUUAAACAAAUCAAAUUGAAGAUUCUUUUGUUUGCAAACCAAACGUUUUAUGUAAUUUGCGUGCUUUCUCCGCAGCGUGAAAGCGAAAUUGUUAUAUAAAGGGAAUGUGUCCAGAAUACUUGGAGUGAGGAAAGUUUUGUAACCAACCAGUGAGAGUUUAACGAAAACCUAUGUCUAAGCUAUGCUAUAUCAACAAGUGUGUAUGGAAACAUAAUCAAAAGUAAAAUAUAUGUCUGUGUAUUUUAUUCUUAAAAACCUAAA